CUCCAUCUUCCAGAAUCCCCGGAUCUUCCUCCUCAGUACCAUAUCACCAAUGGCCUCCCGGCCACUCCACCUCCACGACGCCCUCAAAAAGGUCCUGAAAAUGACAGAACCUAAUUUCACCAAUCUCUUGAAAACCUUGAACCUGGAUUUGCUAAUCUAUGAUGUCGUGCAAUUAUGGGCGGAAAAGGUUGCCUUGUCGCUUGAUAUCCCUUCUGUCUGGUUCUUCACCGCCAGCGUCGCAUGUGCUCGUACUUUAACGCACAUGUUGACUAAUCCCAGCGCCGAGUAUCUCUUCUCGACUCUCCGUCUCCGGCGAUACGAACAAACGAGAACUCGCGAGAUCAUGAAUCAGGGGACCCUCCAUGACAUGAUCGAGGCUUCCGGUGGGAUGUCGGAGUUAAUGGCGGCAGGUUACACUUUUCAGCUUCUCAACGGUAUCUAUUGCAAUAUUGGCGAGCCCUUUUACAUUUCAAUACAGAUUCCGGCGUAGAGGCAGAAAGAGAGAAUGAGCGGAGCAGGGAAAAAGAUUGUCGACAUCGCGUUCAAGGCUGGCAGGACAAUCGACUAGGAAGGAAUGGCGAAGCUUCUCGUGUCCGAUGAGGCUCGCAAGGAGUUCACUAUGCUUCGCCGUGCAUUCGAUGAUGUCAACUCCUAGCUCCAAACCAAGUUCAGUCAGGAACCUAAAUAUGUGGACAAAGUCACACCCCAAUAUAAACCCAAGUUUGAUGCCUUGUUGGUUGAGCUGAAAGAAGCUGAGAAGCAAUCAUUGAAGGAGUCUGAAAGAUUGGAAAAAGAAAUUGUAGAUGUCCAAGAGCUAAAGAAAAAACUCAGCACGGUGACAACAAAGGAAUACAUUUCAAAGCACCCCAAACUAAAGAAGAAGUUUGAUGAUGAAAUUCGAAAUGAUUACUGGGGUUACUAGUCAAGUCAUCGUCACCAAGAAGUCUAGCUACACUUGUUGGUGAACCAUUUUGAGUUCAUCCUUGGUUUAGAAAUAAAAGAGGAUUAUAUGUGUGCCGUUUCAUUUCAUCAGUUACUUGGA